CUCAGAAAUUGUUAGGAGAUGUUUUCCAACCUGGCCCUCUUUGGAUUUCUUUAUUUUACAAACAUCAAUGUUUGUUGGAGUCUGUGUAAUUUAUGCAGACGAGUAAAUGUAACGACGGACCAGUCAUCAAUGUACAUAUUUACUAAAACUGAUAUAAAAUUGACAGCAGAUCGAGCAAUAGAUGGAAAGUUUCAGAAUUUUACAAAUGGCGACUGUGCAGGUACAAACGUUAAUGGAAAACACAAACAGGCAUGGUGGAACAUAUCUCUACCGGAUCAGGCAAACAUUUACAAAAUCAACUUAAUGUUCAGAGAAAAGUAUAUCCGCCAUUACGGUUACUACGUCUUUAUCAACAAAGAGGAUAUUAACAUUGAAGGUUUGACCUCCCUGACUCCCGUGUACCAUGAGGAGAAUGAAAAGCAUCCCGGUGUCCAGAAUAUUAUCAUGUUUCCUGGUGGUAUCCAAGGGAAACAAAUGUACAUUUAUCAUAACAAAUCUGGUGAGGGUGAGAAUAACAAAAACGUGUUGGACAUCUGUGAGGUGGAAAUCUGGGGUUGCUUAAACUACACUGAGAACGUUAAUUGCACAUGUUCACGAAAUGAAAGUGACAACCUCCUCCCUAAAGCAAUGCUAUCAUCGAUCGUUGCCUGGCCUAAUAAUAACCUGACUUUGAUUUGUCACCAGGGGAAUGUAAAAUUCCAAGAUAAAUUCAAACCGAAGUUAGAUUUAACUCACAACUAUCAAAAUAUUUCAUUCACUUGUCUAGAUGCUUGCCAUAAGGAUGCUUACAACGCCAUCACUACUGACGUGGAAAACUCCGGGCAAUUUAUGAGGUUGAGUGUUGAAGAUUAUUUCAAUUAUACCUGUAAAAUCGGGCACCGAUUUGAGUCGGGAAAUCUCAUCAGAAUUUGCCAGGAAAAUGGUUCUUGGAGUGGAGAAGAACCUAUUUGUAAACGAUGCAAAUGCCCUUGUGAACGAUUAGCGUCACAGAAUUUCAUCAAAGAUCCAAUUGUCCUUCAACAGAGAAUUGAGGAAACCAAACAAUUCCUCGCGGUGAAUAGAUCGGAGUUGUCUGCCUUUAAGAGAAAGAAGAUAUCCAGCUAUGACGGACGUGCUUCCUCUACAGGAAUAGGGAUGACUCUGGGGGUAGGGGUGAUAACCUUUGUUAUUGGCACAAUCAUCUGUUGUGAUCUACUCACGUGCAAGGCAAAGAAAAGGAAGAAGAAUGUUCCAAAGAGAGUGACUUUGCGUACGCGGUGGAAAACCUUACAAAAUUAAACACGCACUGUAGCUUGUAUUUUCUCAUUUUUUGUAACAAGAUCAUUGACCACGUGAAAUGAACAUUAUUAUGGUUGGACUUUUUGGGGAUUAUUGUCCUACUAUAUCUUUGAAAUAUCUUUGAAAAACGCUUGAUAUACGAGCAUAUUUGUU